AUGGACUGCGAGGGCAAGCCACUCGCCCGGGACGCCUGUGGCUCGGCGGUGGCUCUGGCAGGUGGCUCCGAGGGAGUCAUCGCGGAGCUCUGCGCGCCCGGAAUUGUUUCCGAUGGACGCGCCGGGUCCCUCCCCGUGUGUCACAGCGCGGACGGCACACGGGGCAAAGCCCUGCCCGCUUCCCUUUCCCUCCACCGGCAGCUUCCUCAUGGCUAUAAACCCCAUAGCCACGGACCUCUUCCCAACGUGAAACUCGGGCGGCCCCAGGGCCGGCAGAGGCGGCGCUCGGCUCCGCUCCGCGCCGUGCGGGACACGGACAGACAGACAGACAGACGCCCCGCGGAGGAUGCGCGGCUGCGGGCUGGGCUCGCUCCCCGGCGGGGUCGGGAGGAGCAUCGCCCGCCCCGUCCUCUGCCCAGGCUGAGCUCCCGGAGCCGGUGUUUUCGGAGGAGAAAGGAGAGAUUCAGUGUUUCAUUUCCAUUUGUUUUCUACACUGUUAAUUUGCAAGCACAAAAACCUCUUUGGAGGCUGAACAUCUCAGCAAGCUUGAUUUUAGCAGAAGCCUGUAAAGCACUUUCUGAGGACAAGGUGUCCUUCUGAAGGAAAAUGCCAUUCAGAGAACCCAGCUGCACAGAGAAUGUCACACAGAGCCACCACAUCACCUGCACCCUGGCAGCUGAGGAGGCUGCCUGCACCCUUCGCUUCAUGACUUUGCACAAAGAGUUUGAGAGCUUCUUCAGGGAGCUGUUCAUGCUCCAGAAUGACUAUUGUGUUCAUGUGGAUGUCAUUAAGGAGCCAUUUCCCUUCCAGCAGACAGUGCUAUUUCUUGGCGCCUCCCUCAUUUUCUGGGCAAAGAGGGUGGUCUAGGGCAGCACCUCCCAUCUGUGGGCUGACCUGCACUGCAUGAGAGACCUGCUUGCCUUGGCCGUGCCCUGGUGCUACCUAAUCAACACCUGUGGUCAGGACCUCUCCUUGAAGCACACCAGGGAGAUCAUCCAGCUGCUGAAGAGCCCUGGGAGCAAGGACAUCACGCCCAGGGCGCUGCCACCUCCCCACAUCACCACCUGCACCAAAUAUGUGCACAGGGACCAGUUCUACUCUGCCUUUUCUUUCAUGCUGUGGACAUUUGUGUGCAGAUGUCCUCUGACCACCUGUUUUGGCUCUGUGUCUGUGGCCAUCACCUGGCUCUUUGUGGAGUUCCUGCUGCAGGACCAGUGUGUUUUCCAUCUGCUGGCAUGGCCCAAGAACACCAACAGCCCUGAGGGGCCCUUCUGGGUGAUGCCCUGCAGGAUCCCAGACCACGGGCAAAGCCAGCACCGCUACACUGACUCCCAGCCUGAUGCACUGGACUGUACUGCUUUCCAGAACUGGCUCACCUCUGGAACGACAGAAUGA